AUGGAGGUUCCGGAGGACGGGGCGGGGCGGGUCCGGGAGCUGCAGGAGCAGAGGAUGGCGGUCCAGAAGAAAACCUUCACCAAGUGGAUGAACAGCGUCUUCUCCAAGAACAAGGAACCUGUGGAGCUGACUGAUGUCUACACGGAGCUGAAGACCGGAGUCGUCCUUAUUCGUCUACUUGAGUUCAUCUCCAGGGAAACGCUGCCUCCACCGAGCCGCCGCAAACUCCGCGUCCACUGUCUGGAGAACAACAGCAUCGCUAUCAACUUUCUUAAAACCAAGAUUCGUGUGGAUUUGAUUGGUCCAGAGAAUGUGGUUGAUGGGGACCGGACUCUGAUCCUUGGUCUGCUUUGGAUUAUAAUCCUCAGGUUCCAGAUCGGACCCAUUAAUCUAGACGAGGCAGGAAGUGGAGGCAGUGUUGCUCAUCGUUCGGCGAAGGAGGCUCUGCUGAUCUGGUGUCAGAGGAAAACUUCGGGAUAUGAUGGUGUUGAUGUGCAGGACUUCUCGUCCAGCUGGAGGGAUGGACUGGCCUUCAAUGCUCUCAUCCACGCUCACCGGCCGGACCUUUUUGACUACUGCCGUCUCCGUAGUGACGACCCCCACCAUAACCUGCAGCACGCUUUCUCCCUGGCGGAGCAUGAGUUUGGGAUCAUGCAGUUGCUGGAGGUGGACGACAUAGUGGUUUCACAUCCAGAUGAGAAGUCCAUCAUGACCUACGUGUCUCUGUACUACCACUACUUCUCCAAGAUGAAGCAGGGCCAGACCAUCCAGAAGAGAGUCGCCAAGAUUGUUGGGAUCCUGAUGGAGCUGGACAACAUGAAGGUCCAGUAUGAGAACCUUGUCUCAGAUCUGCUGCAGUGGAUCAAAACCAAGGUGAUACAGCUGAACGACAGGAGAUUUCCAAACUCUGUCAAGGAGAUGCAGCUGCUGAUGACAGCGUUUAAAACCUACAGGACAGUGGAGAAGCCGCCGAAAUAUCAGGAACGUGGUGCGAUUGAAGCUCACCUGUUCAGUUUAAAAACUCAGUUGGCUGCAAACAACCAGCGGGUUUAUAAUCCCCCCGAAGGUAAAACUCUGAGCGACAUCGAGAAGCAUUGGGUUUUGUUGGAAAGAGCUGAACACGAGCGUGAACGAGCCCUGCAGGAGGCGCUGCGGAGACUUGAGAACCUUGAACAGCUGGCACAGAAGUUCGGCAGGAAGGCUGCUCUGAGGGAGGGCUACCUUGAGGACACAGUGCGUCUGGUUCGGAGGCAGGAUGUCCGAGGCCUGUCCACGCUGGAGGAGGCUCAGGCUGUAGGCCGACGACUGGAGGCUCUGUCCACCGAUGUGUUGGCCAGAGAACCUCGAUUCAGUGCUCUGAGAGACAUGGCCCAGAUCAUCGAGAGAGGAAACUACCACAGCAAGGAGCAGAUUAUGAGGAGGGAGGAGAACAUCAGUCACCGAUGGAGAGACCUGCUGCAGCAGCUGCAGGAGCACAGGGGGAUGCUGGGAAGUGUAGUAGAGACUCUCAGCAUCCUUCGACACAUUGACCUCAUCUCCCAGGAGCUGAAAGAACUACAGUCUCAGGCCGGUUCUCCUGACCUGGGGAAGCAGCUGGCUGAGGUGGAGUCUCUGCUUCAGAAACAGGACCUUCUGGAGGCUCAGAUCUCUGCUCAGGGUGAAGCCAUCACCUCUAUCAGCAGUGCAGCCCUCAAGGGUAAAGGCAGAGACGGUCAGCAGAUUCAGAGCAGAGUGAGAGCUCUGGACACUCAGUACAAGUCUCUGGUGUCCCUCAGCAACAGCAGGAGGAGGCAGUUGGAGGCCCAGCUACGGCUGUUUGAGUUCUUCCAUGACUGUGAGGAGUUGGAGGCCUGGUUCUAUGAACGGUUAGUGAAACUGCAGACGUCUGGACUGGGACGAGAGCUGAGCCACAUCCAGACGGCCCAGCACAAACACAAAGUUCUGGAGGCGGAGAUUCAGGCCCAGGAGUCGGUGUAUUUGGGAGUUCUGGGUCGAGGUCAGGAUCUACUUUCCAAACAAAGUCAGAAUAACCAAAGAGCAAUUCAGAAAUGGAUCAGAACCUUAAAGAAACAAUGGAGUCACAUGAUCGAGGAGGCGACGGGACGACGACACAGACUGCAGGCUGCAGCCACCAUCAAGCAGUACUUUGCAGAUGUGUUGGAGGCCAACUCAUGGCUGGACGACAGAAAGCCGCUGCUGACCAGUGAGGAUCAUGGGAAAGAUGAGCUGAGUACAUCGGCUCUGCUGCAGCGCCACCAGCGGGUGGAGAAGGAGAUGGCAGCGUACGGAUCAGAGAUAAAGAGACUUUCAGAGCAGGCGAAGAGCGCAGCACAGCUAACAGCUCACACUGCGGAGCUUCAGCAGCCCAAAAUAAUCCAGUACAGUGACUCCUCCUCUGAAGAGGAGGGACCAACAGCAGUGACAUCAUCACCCAAUAGAGGAAAGGGGAGGGUACCUGUAAGCUCCGCCCCUCAAAGUGAGAACAAGGCCAAGGUUCGCUUCAGAUACAGCAGAGGUCAGUUUCCAUGGGAACGUAAUGAGGUUGUAACUAUCAUCAGCACUGACUCCGAUGGAGACCGAGUUUUAGCCAAAGAUGGACGAGGAAACCAGCAGCUCAUCCCCAAAACCUACCUGAAUGUGUUACAAACCACUGCACCACCCACUCCUCCUCUCUCCACCAAUGGUGUGUCAGAGAGCACCAGCAGGAAGCUGAGCCGUCCGAGGCGAAGUCGCUCUCUGCGUCGAUCUACGACUGAGAUCCAGACGUCAAGUUUACCCGACCUUCAGUACCAGAAGGACACUGUAGAGAAAACACAAAGUGACUUGGAGCAGGACUACUAUUCCAUGUUCAACCUGGUCAAGUCGAAGACGAGGAGUCUGAAGGAGACUCUACGUCUGCAUCAUUUCUACAACAGCUGUCAGGAGUUUGAGUCAUGGAUGGAGGACAAAGAGAACGUGUUGAACACCUUCAGCACUGACGCAGACAACCUGGGAGUCGUACAGGCCAAAUAUGAGAACUUCCUGACGGAGUUGGCAAGUGGGCGUGGCCAGUUGGAUGACAUCAUUAAAAUGGCAGAGGAUCUGGUGAAGAGUCGACAUAGUAAACAGAGAGAGAUCCAGACCAGACAGAGGGCCAUUUCCCACAGGUGGGAUCACAUCCAGCGUCUGAAGGAUGAGAAAGGUCAUGAGCUGCUGAGUACAGCAGAUAUCCAGUCCUUCCUGCAGAGCUGUGAAGAGGCCAAAGGUCAGCUUCAGGACCAGCUGACCCACCUGGACACUGUGGACGCUGCCUGUAGCCCCUUCACCCUAAAGGCUGAGGAGAAGACCCAGGCCCAGGCCCUCAGAGACAUCCAGGCCCUGGAGGCCAAGAUCUCCUACCUGAAGAGCAUCGCUAAGAUGAAACAGGACUGCAGUCCGGCAGAGAGCGCUGCCAUCAUGCAGGAGGUUGCGGCUCUCGAGGAUCUGCUGAAGCAGGUGAAGCUUCAAGCUGCAGACAGACAGCGCCACCUGGAGGAAGCCCACAGGCUGCAGAGCUUCCAGCAGCAGGCCAAAGAGCUGCAGCGCUGGGCUGGAUCAGUACAGGAUCGCCUCCUACAGGAGGAGGCGGCUGCUGACCUGGCCUCGGCCGUCGCACUGUUAGAACAACACCAGGAGCUCAGAGAGGAGAUGGAGGAGCAGAGAAACAGAUUGAAGGAGAUGGAGAAGUUGGGGAAAUCUCUUCAGCAGAGCUCCUCCAGUGGGAGGACAGGAGGUGGUGACAUUCAGCAGACCCUGGAUGGUCUGAGAGCUGAUUGGUCCAAACUGGAUAAGUUAUGGCUGAGCAGGAAGCAACGUUUGGAGCAGGAGGUGGAGCUCCAAAGGCUGAACCAGGAGGGAGACCGGAUCGAGACAGCGCUGUCUGGACACGAAGCCCGACUGAGGGUCAAAGAUGUCGGGGACUCGGUGGACAGCGUUCACAGUCUUCUGGGUCGACAGGAAGAGCUGGAGGGUCUCCUGAAGGCUUUGGACCAGAGAGUCCAUCAUUUCACUGAACGCAGCCAGGAGCUCAUUGACCAAAAACACUACGCUUCGAAACAUAUCAGAGAGAGAAGUAGGAAUCUCCAGAAAACCAACAAGAAGCUGAAGGAGAGUAGUCGACAGUGGAGGAGUCUGCUGCUGGACUCCAAGAAAUAUCAGGAGUUUCAGAGAGAUGCUGAUGAGCUGCUGCUGUGGAUGGAGGAGAAGUUUAAGGUGGCAGAGGAUGAGUCGUACCGUGACCCGACAAACAUCCUGGGAAAGCUGAAGAGACACGAGGCAGCAGAGAAAGAGAUGCAGGCCAACCAGGUGUGGCUGGACAGACUGGUUCAGGUGAGUGAGGAGAUGCUGUCCGAGGAACACCACAACAGUCAGAGCAUCAGGAGGAAGUCGGCUCAGGUCAGCAGUCGAUGGAAGAGGCUACAGGACAAGAUGGCCGACAGAGGAGACAAACUGAGGCAGGCGGGACAACAGGAGCAGCUGAUGGAGCUGCUGCAGGACGCCAAACUAAAGAUUGAAGCCAUACAGUGGAUGCUGAACAACGCUGCCAAAGGUCACGACCUGCGCUCCAGCCGACAGCUGCUGAAGGAGCAUCGGCAGCUAGAGCAGGAGGCCAAGGAGCUGGCGGAGAAGAUCAACUCCAUCGUCAGCAGAGCCAAACACCUCGCCUCCACUCACUUCGACUCACACCGGAUCCUCCAGGAGACCGACACCUACCUCACUCUGUUUAAGUCUCUUCAGAAGCCUCUGGAUCAGCGUCGAGCUCAGCUGGAAGCAUCAGUGCUUCUCUUCGGGUUUUAUCAUGACGUGGACCUGGAGCUCAGCUGGAUCUCUGAACGAGUUCCUGCAUCUGGAUCCACAGGAUAUGACAAAUCUCUGGCUGGAGCCAUCAGCCUCAUGCACAAACACAAGGAGCUGCAGUCUGAGGUGAACGCGCACCGUAAACACCUGGACCAUAUAUUAGACAAGGGGCGGAGCCUGGCUAAAUCCAGCCAAUCAGAUAAGGGUGAAGUUUUGGAAAGGUGCAACCACCUGAAGACAGAGUGGGAGGAGCUUGAGGAGGCCUGUGACAGGAGAGCAGUUCACCUGAGCAAAGCCAUCACCAGAGAACAGCUUUUGUUGGAUUGUUCAGAACUGGAGUCAAGUCUGACAGAGAUGCUCCGUCUAGUUAACACCGAUGACUUUGGAAAGGACCAGCUGGCCACGCAGAGCCUCAUCACCAAACACCAGGUGGUGGAGGGUCAGCUGGAGGUGCUGCAGGUUCAGUUGGAGGAUCUGGGAGAGCAGGUGGAGAAGGCGGAGAGAAAGUGGAGACUGGAGGAGCUGAGCAGGCCUUACAGCCGCGUGAACAGCCUGAACCAGCAGCUGCAGCACCAGGCUGCUCUCAGGGGUCAGAGGUUACAGGAAGUCUUCCUCCUCCAUGAGUUCAGACGGGAGGCAUUGGAGCUGGAGGACUGGAUGAACCAGCUGAGGCAGACGACAGAGACUCAGGAGCCCAACAACUACCAACAAGUCCAGUUACUUCAAGGAAAGUUUGAAGGUUUUUUGAAGCAGCUGGAGGUCGGAGAGGAGAGGCUGCAGAGCUGCAAUGACCUCGCUACAAAACUGGUCAGAAAGAAACAUCCACAGAGCUCUGCAGUCAAAGACACGAUGCAACAACUCAGGGCAUUCUGGGAGGAGCUGAGGGCCAUGGCCAUGGAGCGUCAGGAUCAGCUGCAGAAAGCUGAGGAGUGUCACCGAUUCUACCAGGAUCUGACUGAUGCACUGGCUCUGAUCCAGGAGCGACAGAAGAGCAUCCCUGACGAUGUAGCCAAGGAUUUACAAGGUGUAACGUCUCAGUUGCGGAAACAUGAGGCUCUGCUUCAUGAGCUGGCGACGACUGAGCAGCAGUUACAGGAACAGCUGGACACUGUCGACUCCAUUUUGGAGUUCUGCACUCCUCACCUGAAGCGUCACCUACAGGAACUACAGCAGGAAGUGGUGGAGAGAUGGGAGGAGCUCCGGCUGCACGCCGAGCAGAGGGAGGCGGAGCUAAAACUGGCAUGUCAGCGAUACCUGUUCCUCAACAUGGUUCAAGACUACCUGUUGUGGUGUAACCAGCUGAGCGGUGUGAUGGCGGCGGAGGAGAGCAUCAGUGACGUGUCGACUGCAGACCUGCAGUUGAACCAGCACCAGCAGCUUUGGGCCGAGAUGGAGGCCAGACAACAGAACUACGACCAGGCUGUGGAGAUGGGGGAGGGGCUUCAGCGCCAGGAUCGAGUCAACAGGAAGGAGGUGAAGGAGAAGCUCAAGGCUUUACUGGCAGAGAGAGACAAACUGGAGGAGCAGUGGAAUAAAAAGCAGCAUUGGUUAGAAAACAUCCAUUUAGAGCAGAUGUUUUACAGAGAUGUCAACAACAUGGACAAGACAUCCAGCUCACAGGAGGUUCUACUGCAGAACAGCACUCUGGGAAACUCAGUGGACGAGACGGAGGGUUUGAUCAAACGACAUGAAGCCUUUGAGAAACUGCUCAGCUCUCAGGAAGAAAAGUUGUCGGCUCUGAAGGAUCUGUGUGAUCGUUUGAAGAAGCAGCUCAGCCGAGAGAAGAGCACUCGAGUCCAGAACAAACUCGAGGCCCUCAUCCAGAGACGCGACAGGAUCAGAGACCUGUCAAUCAGACGCAGGGAGGAGCUGGAGCUCUCCAGACUGCUGUGUAUCUUCAACAGAGACGUCGCUGCGGCUGAGGAGUGGGUUUCAGAGCGGAUGCAGAAGAUGGCGGAGGACAGCAAAGCCGACCUCAGCAGCCUCAACGUGAAAAUGAAGCUGCUGCAGAAACAUCAAGUGUUCGAGGCUGAGAUCUUGGCUCACAGGGAGAUUAUCAGUGCUGUUCUGCAGGCUGGGGAGGAGCUGGUGUCUCUUCACCACCCGAGGUCAAAGGAGGUGAGGAGAAGCACCUCCACCCUGGAGCAGCACUGGGAGGAACUGAAGAAGGCCGUGUCCACCAGAGGGAAAGUUCUGGAAGACAACAGAGACUUUCUGGAGUUUCUACAGAAGGUGGAGGAGGUGGAGGCCUGGAUCAGACAGAAGGAGGUGAUGAUCAGUGUUGGAGAUGUUGGAAAAGAUUAUGAACAUGGAGUUCAGCUGCUGAAGAAACUCAUUGAAUUCAGAGGAAAAGGAGAAGGAGAGGCGACGGUGGACGAUGCUCACAUCACCGCCAUCAACAAACUGGCAUCUCGACUGGAGAAGAGACAAAGUGCUGAAGAACUGAACACGGUCAGACAGAGGAGGCAGCAGCUCAACGACAGGUGGAGUAAGUUUCAUGUAGAUCUGAGCAGUUAUAAGAAGAAGCUGCAGGGGGCGCUGGUGGUCCACAGUCUGAUCAGAGAGCUGGAGGAGGUCAGAGACAGAGCCAAUGAGAAGAUGUUGCUGCUUCAGGGUCAGGACUAUGGCUUCGAUGUGGAGAGUGUGGAGAACCUGAUUCGACGACACGAGGAGACCGAGAGAGAGGCUGGGGUCAUCCAGGAGAGGUCACAGGUUCUGGAAAAAGACAUCUGUGAUCAGCUGAAGUCUGGAUCUGUGCUCACAGACAAACUGAAGAACAAACAGAAGGAGAUGAACAAAGCUCUGAAGGCUCUGGACAAAGAGGUUCACAACAGGAAGGAGAAGCUGCAGGAGGCUCAUCAGCUACAGCUGUUUAAAGCGAACCAGCGCCUCCUGCUGGAGUGGAGCCUCAAACAGAGCAGUGAAAUGGCAGAAAAGGGACUCCCAAAGACCUGGUCUGAGGCGGAUCAGCUCAUCGUGGAGCAUCGGGACUGGAAGACAGAGAUCGAUGCUCGUGCCGAGCGGAUCGAUUCGGUCCAGGACUUUGGUCAAAGACUGAUCCGGGCCGGUCACAGCUCAAAGGCAGAGAUCCAGAAGAAUCUGAACCAGCUGGAGGAGGCCAAAGCUGGACUGGACCGGGCCUGGAUGAGGCGCAGCAGUGUCCUGGAGCAGGCCCGAACCCUGCAGAUCUUCCUCUCGUCUUUAGAACAGUGUGAGAGCUGGAUCAGUAACAGGGAGGCCUUCCUGUCCAACCAGGACCGCGGGAGCUCGGUGUCUGAGGUGGAGACUCUGCAGAGGAAACAGGCUCAGUUUGAGGAGGCUCUGGAGGCUCAGGUGGACCAGAUGAACCAGGUGGAGAAACUGGCCCAGAUGAUGAUCCAACAGAAGCACUACGACUCUGACGCUGUUAGAACCAAGAGCAGAGCGCUGGUGAACAGGUGGACUCAGCUGCAGCAGCAGAGCAGCUCUCGUCACAGAGAUCUGGAUCAGUCUCUGCAGCUUCAGCAGUUCUUAUCCGGCAGCUACCAGAUGUGUGUGUGGCUGAACGAGCGUAAUGCUGUGGCGUUGGAUGAGAACUGGAGGGAACCAACCAACCUUCAGGCCAAACUGUUGAAACAUCAGAGCUUCGAGGCCGAGAUCCUCGCGAACCGAUACCGAGUGGACACACUCAGCAAGGAAGGAGAGAAGCUGGUGUCUGACUGUCGUUCAUCUGAAGUAAAGGUUAAACCUCGACUCAGAGAGUUGACGGAGAACUGGGACUCUCUGAUCCACAGCUGCAAGGAGAAGAAAAACCGACUGCAGGAGGCGUAUCAGGCUCUGCAGUUCCAGCGUUCUUUGGAUGACAUGGAGCAGUGGGUGGGGUCAGUUGAGAGAGAACUGACUAAUGAGGACUGUGGAAGUGACCUGGCGUCUGUUGGCCGCCUGCUGAAGGCGCUGCAGGGUCUAGAGGAGGAGGUGGACGGAUACCGAGACCGGCUCCAGGGUUCAAUGGAGACAGCAAAGACUUUGCACUCUGAAGGAAACUUCCUGGCUGAGGAGAUCCAAACCAGAGUGGCUCAAAGCAUCAACAGGUACAACAGUCUGGCGAAGCCCCUGCAGAAUCGAAGGGAGACCCUGGAGGCCUGGCAGGUUCUGUUCCAGUUCUACAGAGACCAGGAGGAGGAGGUGGUCUGGAUCAGAGACAGACUGACCUCCAUUGUUGGUGCAGAGUUGGGAAGUUCACUGAGCUCCACCCAACAACUACUGCACAAACACCAGGCUGUGAUGCAGGAGCUGUCGAGUAGAGCCCCAUUGGUCCAGGCUGUUCAGGAGGCGGGACGUGGUCUGGUCAGAGGUCGACACUUUGCAUCUCAUGACAUUAAGGAGCGAUUAGAGGAGCUGAAGCACCUCCACGAGGAGGUGAUGAUGGAGGUGGAGAUGAAGAUGAAGCUGCUGCAGGAGGCGCUCAGCAUCCACACCUUCCUCUCAGAGGUGUCGGAGCUGGAGCUGUGGUUGGAGGAGCAGAGGGCGGGGCUGGAGUCCAAGGACUGUGGGAGGAGUGAGGAGGCGACAGCGGCUCUGCUGAGGAAACUGGACUCCUUGGACGUGGAGUUGGAGAACCAGAGGAGGACGCUGGACAAACUGCAGGAGAAUGGAGCGACGCUGCAGCAUCUGCGACAUCCCAACAGUCCCAUGGUCAGCGAACGUCUCCCAGUCGUCCUCGAAUGCUACGAGUCUCUUCUCCGAUUGUCGUCGUCUCGUCGAGUCGCUCUGGGAGAUCAGCUUCGUCUCUACGUGUUCGACAGAGAGGCCAAAGAACUACAAACAUGGCUGACCUCCAAGAAGAGCGUGGCAGAAUCAGAGGACUGUGGACAAGACCUGGAGGACGUGGAGGUUCUGCAGAAGAAGCUGGAGGUUCUGGUCUCAGAGGUUUCCGGUCUCGGUCGAAGCCGGCUCACUGCAGUGCAACAGCUGGGUCGCGGCCUGCAGCAGGACGCCCAGGCCAGGAGGAGGGAUGACGCUCUGAGCAGGCUGUGGGACGAGCUGAGCAGCUGCAUCAGGACCAGAGAACAGAAGCUGCAUUCUGCACGUGAGGUUCAUCAGUUUAAUCAUGAUGUGGACGAACUGAAGGGUUGGAUGGCUGAGAAGGAGGCAGUUCUGGACUCUGAGGACCAGGACCAUGACCUGCACUCCAUCCAGACUCUACUGAGACAACAUGAGGCGCUAGAGAGGGACCUGAUCCUGAUCUCGGAGGAGGUGGACCGGAGCAGAGGGGAGGGUCGGGCUCUGAUUCGACGGCAGCCUCAGGUCCGAGCCACUGUGUCCGACAGACUGGACGAACUGGACUCCUUCUGGACCAGCAUCCAGCACAAAGCCAGCCAGCGCCGCAGCAGACUGGGCCAGGCUGAAGAAGUCCAGAAGUACCUGGGACUGUGGACUGAACUCAUGUCAUGGCUGAAGGAAAUGCUGUCUCUGCUGCGAGUAGAUCCUCUGGGUUUGGAGGCGACCGACCUGGACCAGCUGAUUAAAAAACACAACGAAUACCGAGUCCAGAUCGACAGACAGCUCAGCAAAUCACAGGCUGUGAAAGGCGAAGGGAGGCGCCUGAUGGAGGACGGAAACUACAUGUCCCAUGAGGUUGAAAGUCGUGUCUAUGAGCUGGAGGAGCUGGAGCUGAAGGUGGAGAAGCUCUGGGAGGAAACCAGACUCCAGUAUGAGGAGGCUCAGCAGAUGUUGGUCCUGAAGAGAGAACUGGAACAAGCCGAACACUGGCUGAGCACCUACGAAAACACUCUGACAGCGGAGGACUAUGGGGAGUCGGUGUCUGAUGUGAUGGAGCUGCUGAAGAGGCAGGAGGAUCUGGAGGCCAUGAUCCAGGCCCAGAGCGACCGCUUCAUCACACUGCAGCAGAACACAACACAGAAGAGAGGAGGUCUCCAUGGAAACCAGGACCUUCAGGACAGGAGGCCUCCAGUCAGAGUUACAUCACUGAGGAGAAAACCGUCAGAUCCCAAAACCCCACGGAUGUCCAUGAGCAGAGGCAGCAGCUUCAGACAGAUGGACUGGACCGACAGAAUGGACCGGACCGGGGUCAGAAUGGACCGGACCAAGAACAGAAUGGAAGGAACCGAGAAGAGAAUGGAAGGAACCGAGAAUAAAACCAGGAACAGAAUGGACCGAAUCGGGGACAGAAUGGACCAAACCGGGAACAGAAUGGAAGGAACUGGGGACAGAAUGGAUCAAACCAGGAACAGAAUGGACCGAAUCGGGGACAGAAUGGACAGAACUGGGGACAGAAUGGACAGAACCGGGAACAGAAUGGACAGAACCGGGAACAGAAUGGACAGAACCGGGAACAGAACUGAUGGUCCUUUGAGAUCUACGUCUGAAAGCCCACCUCAGACAGAACCGGCUGAAAGUCCUCCUGCAGUGAAGACCAGAAGGAGUCGGACCAGAGACUUGGUCCCUGUCAGAGUCGUGAUGGACUCGUCUCCUCCUCCCUCCUCACCCGAACCGGUCCAGUCCCCUCCAACCAUCGCCUCCUCCUCACCUGAUAGCCGCCCCAGAGUGAAACCCCCUAUAGCUCCAAAACCCAGACUUUCCUCUACAGGUUUUGGCCUCCAAUCGGAGUCCCAGGUAGCCCCGCCCACACCUGACUCCCCUCCACCAAUCAGAGGUCUCACUGCUCCUUCUGAGCCACCUCCUCCUCCUCCAGUCACAGGAAGGUGUUCUCCACCUGAAUCACUAAAACCAUCACUGUCCAUCGAACAAACCAAAACUCAACAAGUGACGCUACCUGAUUCCUCGACUGCACCAAUCUCAGAGGAUGAGUCACAUGACCACCCUCCACCAACCAGAGGGCUCACAGCUCCUUCAGAACCACCCCCUCCUCCUCCGGUUGCAGUAAGACGUUCUCUGCUUCAGUCACUGAAACAAUCAUCUACCAGUGAACAAACUGAUGCUGCUGCUCAACAGGUGAUGCUACCUGAGUCCUUGACUUUGCCAAUCACAGAUCAGGAGUCACAUGACCACCCUCCUUCUUCGCCUGUGGAGCAGAGACGGACGUUGGAAGAUCGACAGGAGGAGGAGCCGAACAUCACCAGCUCUAAACCUGAGGAAACAGAUGGACAGCCAAUCAGAAUGGACGGAAUGUUGGAGAUCAAACUGAAACAGAAACAGGGUCUGGAGAAGUGGGACGAGGUGUUCGCUGUUCUUCGAGGAGAAACACUGAGUCUGUUCACGGACAGAGAAGCUGCAGCUCAGAAGGCCUCUAGGUGGCCUCCUAUCAACACAACAGGAGCCGUUUGCAGAGAGAACGUCUACAACAGGAAGAAAGAAAACACCUUCAAACUCAUACUGGAGGAUGGCAGUCAGUAUCUGUUUGCGGCGUCCAGCAGAGAGCUUCAGCUGCUCUGGAUAAAAAAACUGAAGAACGCCAACGAAUCGACCAGCAGCGACUCGGACGACUCAGGGAGGGCGUCGUCGGUCAACCUGAGUCUGGAGAAACUGACUGAGCCUCUGGACGACUCGUCUCCAUCCAAACCCCUGGAUAAACGAGGUGAGAGCCUGGAGAGACAACCAUCCACUGAGAGUCAGCCUCCUCCCAAACCCCCUCACAUCUACUACAACCGCCACCGCUAUCCGGACGGUGGGGAGGUGGGGAACACAGGUUCACCUCCUCCAUCGACUCCUCCUCCUGCUUCUCCUCCUGAGGUUAAAAACCCAGCCACGGCGUCCAAUCAGGGGGCAGACGACAGCAGGGAGCGAACCAAGAGGAGCAGCAGCAUGUUCAGGAAGUUUUUCACCAAGAAGUAAAUGAUGAAAAACCAGACACAGCGGAUACAGCAGAGCGUUCAGUGUGAAAACAGUCAGGAUUAGACUCAUUCAGACCAGUAGGAUUUAAAGUGGAUCACACCAGUGAAAGAAUGACAGAAUAACCUCUAAAUAAUGACAACUACAACAUUUUCUUUGUUUUAGUGUUAAAAAAAGGAAAAUGACAUGAAAAUAUUUACA